AUGAUUUCAACCAAGAAACAACAACACCUUGAACUUGAAUACCCUAUAGUUAAAUUAUCAUACGAAAUACAUUCGUAUUCUUCGUACACCGCUUCUUUUUAUCCAAAUAAUAUUUUGGAAGAUAAACCUUCAGAACAAUCUUCUCGCUGGUCAAUUAAAAUUAAUAAUCAGGCUUAUAAUCAAAGUCAACAGUUUAUAUUGAUUAAACUUGAAACAAUGGCCAUUGUUCAACACGUAACUAAUUUAAAACAAUUCAAAGUUUAUGGUGGAUUAACUGCCAAUAAUAUGAUCGAAUUAUUACAUAGCGGUUUACGAAAUAAUGCGUGUUCUGAAUCAUUUCGAUUGAAGCAUAAAGUAAAUCAUCAAGUGUACCGAGAAAAUGAAGCAAUUAGACUCUGUUUGAAACACUUUAGGCAGCGGAAUUAUUUGGAUGCCUUCAACGCUUUGCAAUCAAAAGCAAAAAUGUUGUUGGAGGAUCCAUUAAUAACAAAUAUUUAUACACAGUUGGUUACAAAUGGUGAUUUUGAGGAAACUGAAAAUAUAAUGAUUGAAGCUUCAGAAAAAGGAUUAUUCGAAGAAUAUAUUCGUAGUUGCUCAUAUAAACAUCUUUGGAAAAAAAUUGAUGUUGAUGGAGAAUCUCCAUGUAUGAGAGGCGGUCAUCAAAUGUGUAUUGAUGUUGAAGCUGGUCACAUUUAUUUACUGGGUGGCUGGGAUGGAAAUAAGAAUUUAUCAGAUUUUUGGGUUUAUGUUAUAAAUAAUAAUAAAUGGAAGCUCAUUAGUUCUGAUACAAGAGAACAAGGGGGACCUAGUCCUCGUUCAAAUCAUAAAAUGAGUUUGGAUCCCAGUACUAAGCAAUUAUACAUUUUGGGUCGAUUCAUUGGUGAUAUUCGCGGGGGGCAUGAAAAUUUCACUUCGGAUUUUUAUCGUUAUAACAUAAAAACGAAUGAAUGGAAUCUUCUCUGUGAAAACACAUUUUCGGUUGGAGGACCUCAAUUGAUAUAUGGUCAUCAAAUGUGUAUUGAUUCAAAGGCACAAAUGAUGUAUUUAUUUGGUGGGCGAACGAUACAUAAGGUUGCAGAUCAUUAUAAUUAUAGUGGUUUGUAUACUUAUAAUAUAAAGACAAAUGAAUGGAAAUUAAUAAGGUCUAAUGAUAAACCAUCAGAUAAUCUUCUUCAGUUUAAAUCUCGAAUUGGACAUUCUAUGUUAUUUGAUCAGGAUGAGAAAUUGUUAUAUAUAAUAGGGGGAGAUCGUGAUUAUUCUUUUUUAAGUGAUUUUUUCAUUUACGACAUUCACGCGGAUAUGAUCCACGAGCUUACAGCUGAUUAUGCAAUCUUGGAAGAGCAAGAAGUCAUAUUCACUCAACGUACAACGUUUGAUGUGGAUACUCAAGAAUUUUUUGUUCUUUCAGGACUUAAAGACAAAAGAGAUAAAAAAUCAAGAAUUUUUAAAAAUUCAUUGUGGGUUUAUAAUUUACCCAAAGGCAAGUGGAAUAAAAUAUAUCAAAGUGAUGCAUUUAAUGUACAGUAUUGGGAAAGUGGUAAUAUUAUGGAACCAUGUCCUCGAUAUGCACAUCAAAUGGUUUAUGAUGAUGUACAUAAAGUUCAAUAUUUAUUCGGUGGAAGAACAGUUGAAACUGAAGUUGAUAAACAACAACGUUUGAAUGAUUUUUGGGCUUUACAUUUAGUAAGACCUGAAUCUGAUGUUAUAUUGAGAAAUAUCAAAUUUCAAAUCCGGAUACAAAGAAUACAACUUUCUCAAGUAGUAGAUCAUUCAAAUGAAUCAGAAAGCAAAAAGUUUCAGAGUUUAACUUCUAACUUAUUUCAUAAAGCAGUUCCAGGUGAACCAAUUGAUUUAUUUAAUUCAAGGACAGAACUUUUUGAGAAACUUUUAGAAUAUUUUCCUGAAGAAAUGAAGCAACCAAAGGGAAAUUUACUCGAUCUAGUGAAAGUAGAAUAA